UGGGGCCUGGGAUUUGCUUCGAAAAAAAGCCAAGGAAUUAUUUGAACCACUUUCGACAGCUGAAAUUAUCUUUGUUGUUACGAGAAAUUCUAAUGGUCAAAGCAACUUAGAGGAAAAAAUUAAGGACGAAUAUUUAUUUAUGAAUUUAUUGACCCGAACAAGACCAAACGAAUCAAACGAACGUAUCUUAGAUCUUAAAAUACAAAUCAAAGGAAAAAAGGCGUUCGGAGAUUGGACUUUAAAAAAAGUGGGCAGCGAAAUUUAUAAAAAUACUUUUACCUCUAUUGACUCAAUACUACGGAAAUUAAGCUUGGAAGAUUUCCCUGAAUUGAAUCUGUCAUUUAGUGACGACGAAAUUGCAUACUUUAUUAAACAACUUGAGGACAAGGCAUUCGCAUUUAAUAAUAAAAUUAGCACAAAUGAAGCUACAGUACGGGAAUACGUAUCAAUUUUUAUGACUAUUGCUGUGAAACAUAUUCGAAAAUAUAAAGAUUCGACAACAGAAUUAAAUGUGGAGCCCGAACUUGAUGGGUCUCGAGACAUGGAAAAGGGAAUUGCUCAAAAUUUGGUACAAGUAUAUACUGCAGCCGAGACAUUGUUAAGAAAACGAAAACGUGAAAAAGUGGAUUCUUUACUUCCUAUGAUGUUCGGUAUAGUAACAAUGGGACAUGUAUGGAGAUUCAUCCGUUGGACUAGUACACUUCAAGAUCCAAGAGCCGAAAUUACUCCUGAAAUUGUUUGUAACUGCAUUGGUAAUAAUUAUCAAGAAGCAAAAAAUGUGGUAUCACAUAUUGCACGUUUAUUACAAGCACAAUCGGAUAUAUUAAAAAAUGACAAUAAUCAGGAUAAAGAAUGA